AUGGCAUCGUCAAUCCUCCAAAUUAUAUUCCGAGGAAUGAAGGGCGGCGGUAGGAUGAUGAGCAGCAAAACAUCAAUAUCAUCCUCCCCUUGGCUGAUGCUACCGCCAUCCUCGGAAGCGUAUAAGUUUUACAGCCUUGCAGAGAGCAAAGUUGUGUGCAUCGAUAAGGAAGCGCCGCCGCUGCCGUGGGCACAAGGCCAGGUGGAAUAUGUGGGAUCGUCCCACGGCUGGGUGGCAUCAUUCAACCAGGACAACCUACACACUUUCCUCUCCGAUCCCAUCACCGGCCGUCACUUAAAGCUUCCCGACAUCCACACCUUGCCCACCAAUAUUAUCCUAUCGUCCUCCCCUGCCGCCCACGACUGCCGCGCCAUCAUGUUGCACGACGGCCGCAUUGCCACCUGCUUUCCCGCCCACACCACCACCAACUGGCUCCCCAUCUGCGCCCAACACGAUUACUACUACCAACUCGUCUACUCCACCCGCCACAACCGCCUCUUCUGCUUCACGGAACAAACGGUCGAGUGCUGGGACCUCGAUUCUCCAUCCUUUCUAUGGAAGUUUCCCUUGUUUUCUGAUGAGUCCGGGUCUGAGUCUGAGUCUGAGUCUGAGUCUGAGGAUAUAAAUAUAAGCAGAUGCAAUUACCUCAAGUAUCUGGUGAUGGACGAGCAUUCCGGGCGGCUAUUUCUAGUGAUACGGGAUGUCAUGGAGCAAGUCGAGCGCGAUGGAUCGUACGUGAAAGAAAUCGUCAGUAACAACGGGGGCGGGGACUGCAGUUAUCCACACAAAACCCUUAGUUUCGACGUGUGUGAAAUUGAUGUCAAGGAAGGUAAGACGAGGUACAUGGACGCUUCAUUAGAUGGUCUAACAAUGUUUGUCGGAGGCCACAACUCAUUUGCGCUGCCGGCGGCCGACUUCAACUUGACCCCCGAUUCUAUCUAUUUCAUCGAAAACGCUUAUAAUUAUCCCUCUCGUGAUGAUGUUAGCUACGGUGGCCAUGAUAUUGGCAUCUUUAAUUAUGUGGAUGCCAAAAUUUCUUCCAUCUAUUUUCCCUCUCAUGCCUCUCAGGUAUCCAAGAUUGCUCUAGCUAGUUGGUUCACUCCAACUCCACAUUAA